GUGACGGGGAGACCUGCCCAACACGGCGCGGCCCCGCGGCCAAUCACCUCCUCCCACCUCGCCGCCUCCUUCUCCUCCGACCCCCUCCUCUCCCUUUCUCUCCUUUCCCCUCUCUUCACCCACGCGCGCGCGCGCACCACAGUUCCAUUCCACUCCCACCCUUCUCCUCCUCUCCACCCACCCCACCCCAGCUCACCCGAGGCGGCAGCCGUACCCUUGCUUGCUCCUCGCCUCCUACCCCGAAGCCCGCCGCCACUUGCUCCUGCCGCUCGUGUAUUUGGGGGCGGCGUGGUGUCUGGAGCUCUUCUAUCUCUCGCGGUGGUGGUUCUUCGGCGGUGGGCGGGAAAGCGCGGUUCGAGGGGAGGGGGAGUUUUUUUUUUCUAUUUUGCUGUGAUUUUGCGAUGGCGGCGGCGGCGGCGAUCUGCGUGGAGGACGAGGCGGCGUGCGCCGCGGCGGAAUGCGCGAGGAUCGAGAAGCUGGAUCUCGCCGCCGCCGCCGCCGGCGGGGCGGAGGGCAAGGCCGGGGUCGCGGGCGGCAAGAGGAGCGUGUACCUCAUGGACUGCGCGCCGGUCUGGGGCUGCGCGUCCACGCCCGGCCGCAGCGCCGAGAUGGAGGACGCCUGCGCGGCGGCGCCGCGGUUCGCGGACGUGCCGGUGCGCCUGCUCGCCAGCCGCCGGGACCUCGACGGGCUGGGCCUCGACGCCGACGAGCUCCGGCUGCCCGCGCACCUGUUCGGCGUCUUCGACGGCCACGGCGGCGCCGAGGUGGCGAACUACUGCCGGGAAAGGCUCCAGGCGCUCUUGAGCCAGGAGCUGGGCCGGCUCGGCAAGGAUUUGGGGGAGGUGGGCGAGGUGGACAUGAAGGAGCACUGGGACGAGCUGUUCAGCAAAUGUUUCCAGAGAGUAGAUGACGAGGUGUCAGGGCGGGUGAGCAGGCUCGUCGGCGGUGUACAGGAGUCCAGGCCGGUUGCCCCGGAGAACGUGGGCUCCACGGCGGUUGUCGUGGUCGUGUGCUCAUCUCAUUUGGUGGUUGCAAACUGUGGAGAUUCACGGGUUGUGCUCUGCCGAGGGAAGGAGCCAGUGGCGUUGUCCAUUGAUCACAAGCCUGACAGGAAGGAUGAGCGGGCGAGGAUCGAGGCCCUGGGAGGCAAGGUCAUCCAAUGGAAUGGUUACCGAGUGUCCGGUAUACUUGCUAUGUCACGAUCAAUAGGGGAUCGAUAUUUGAAACCGUUUGUCAUUCCAAAACCUGAAGUUACAGUCAUUCCUAGGGCGAAAGAUGAUGACUGCCUUAUUCUUGCAAGUGAUGGACUGUGGGACGUUGUAUCGAAUGAAGAGGCAUGCAAAGUUGCACGGCGACAAAUCCAGUUGUGGCACAAGAACAAUGGUGUUACAACAUCAUUGUGUGAUGAAGGUGAUGAAUCCAUCGAUCCUGCUGCACAAUCUGCUGCUGAUUAUCUUAUGAGGCUGGCAUUGAAGAAGGGGACAGAGGACAAUGUCACUGUCAUUGUGGUCGACUUGAAGCCUCGAAAGAAGCUUAAGAACAACUCAUAACAUGAGCUGGGUUCAUCAAGAUUAGCUGACCAUGAUAUGUCCAAAGAGUUCAUACUGCUAGUUGGUCGUCUGCCUGAGACUUGACCCACAGUUUUUUUUCCGUUGGGCCUCAAGAAUUGUACAUGUAUAUGCUAGAUGCAUUUUCCAUCUUGGGGGCCAUGAUGUUUACCGCCCCCCCCCCCCCCCCCCCCCCCACGUUGGAUUCUGGUGGCUAAAAUGUUCUUAAAGUCAUCUUCUACCUUGAGCCCUGGCACUUAGUAUACCCCUUGUAAUGCUGUAUGAUAGUCGAACUUGUAAAGAGCCAAGCGGCUGAGACAGUCACUGAAAUUAACAUACUGUUACUUUUAUAAUUCAAGGCCAACCCAA